AUGACAGGUCCCAAAGACGAAGAAUGGAGAAGGAAUUUCGACAACAUGCAUUUAUUCAUGUUAGACUAUGGACCAGGAAUGAGCUUGGGCAUGCAGAUUCCUUCACAAAGCUCAAGGCAUAGAAGGAAAAACGAGAAAACGAAUGCCUCACAAGAUUUGCCACCGCUUCGGAGUAUGCUACCCAGGAGUGUACGACCAUGUACUUUCGGUGGGUCUUAUCUUUCUCGAAUGACUCCGCGUAGAGACUACGUCGAUGACGUAGAGGAAGAAGAUCUGAGAGCUUAUGAAGUAGACGGAUGGAGGGUCGGGUACGAAGUUGUGAUGAACGGAGUCGGCUUCGCAGAAGUAAGAGAAGACUCUUCUGAUUCGGAUGAUGAAUCAGUUGAUGAUAGUGGCGAAACAACAGAAGCAUCUCCUUAUCCUGAGUAUCGAACGCUUCCAAUGCAAAUCGAGGAACCUGUCGCGGGAAAUGCUCGUACCAGCAAAGAUUCCGAAGAGGAUUACUCUCAUUUUGAAAAUUCAAAUUUGUCAGUGAGUGAAGUCAUAUCCGCCGUGGAUACUAAUGCGACCCCUUCGAUUACAAUGGAGUUUGAGCAGUGUUUGCGAGACAGUUUAUCCUCUUCGGAAAUAUCUUCCCAUGAAGAAAUUCCACAUAUGCCGACCAAUAUAACUUUGGACUCUGAGAAGAUCGAAGCAAUUCGCUCAGCAAUGUCAGGAUUAAGUCUCCCCCCUCCACCACAUAUGGUUAAUUUGGACGACAAUCAACUUUGUGAAUUUAUUAGAGAAAAAAUUGAAGGCUCCAGAGUUUAA